ACUCCGCCACUGGCAGUAGGUGCCGGAGCGCGCUCUCGAACACAUUGCACGGCAUGUCAGGUGCGACCACACUCGACACCACUACUCCUACAGUGACAGUGACAUGGAUAUUCGAUCCUAGUUCGACCGGAUAACUUUCGGUGGUGGGUCACUCAUUUCCGUAACUCCUAGCGGUGAAGGGCAGUUUCUGUGUUUCUAACGGUUAGUGAUUUAGUUUCUCCUUCUAGUGAAGUGCUACAAUGAGUACCUCGGAGUACCUACACGCGGACGAUCUCGACCACAUCGACAGGAUGGCGCUGAAUGGAACUUCCAUCCCGGAUGUGUCGCAGGGUCUACUAGUGGCGAAGGUGACUUCCAUGGUGAUUUUGGGUUGUGUGUCGUUUUUGUUGGGGUGUAUCCCUCUCAAGCUGUUUUCCUACGUAGGUAAACCCUCCCCGAGUAAAGGACACCUCGGACACUCUCACGAAGAACAACCCCUGAUCCUCUCGCUGCUGUUGUGUUUCGGUGGUGGUGUGCUUCUCUACACGACGUUUCUGCAUCUACAACCCGAAGUGAGAAUAGAAAUAAACAGAUUGUCUCAGGAAGGCAAGCUCCCGUCUUUCGAGCCGCCUAUAUCAGAACUCGUGUUCUGCGCCGGGUUCUUCUUCGUGUACAUGGUGGAGGAGCUGGUCCACGCUUGCUUGGAUCGCAACACGCACCAUCACGAGGACGAGGCUGUGCUACACAGGACCAUGAGUCUGCGAAGAUGCUCCAAGAGAGGGUCGUCCCACCACGACGGUACCAUCAUCCCUAGGGCGAGUCUUCACUCUGCUCCUAGCAAGACACCCGAGAACGGUGUAGGCAGCACCACCGCCAGCACACAAGGGCUCAUUCCUACCAUUAGCGGGUCCAAGUCUCGCAGUCCGCUGGACCCCCAGCAUCGUAUGACAGGAGGACCUCUGGACUCUUCUGUGAUGAUGAAAGACGACGAGUCUCUCAACCGCAAGAGUACAGCUCAAGUCGUAGCCAAAUCGUUCAGAGGGUUCCUCGCCGUGUUGGCGUUGUCUUUUCACGCCGUGUUUGAAGGACUGGCGGUGGGUUUGGAAAUGAAAACGUACAACGUGUGGUAUCUCUUCGGAGCGAUCGCCACUCACAAGUUUGUCAUUGCGUUUUGUGUUGGGAUGGAACUCGUAUCUUCCAAAACGAAAACAGUUCUUGUGAUUCUGUACAUCGGAACGUUCGCUAUCGUCACCCCUCUGGGCAUCGGUCUGGGGAUCUUGCUGUCGGACGAUACGGAGGGCCUGAACGCAGCGUCUCCUGUCACCUCCAUCCUGCAGGGGAUGGCCGCCGGCACCCUGCUGUACGUCGUGUUCUUCGAGGUGCUGCAGAAGGAGCGAGCCACAAACAACCACGGAGGAUGGAUGCUUCUCUUCAUCAUCCUCGGCUUCAUGGUCAUGCUCGGACUGAGCAUACUUGUUGGUCACGACCACAACCACAGUCAUCACCACAGUCCACAUCACGACCAUCUGGACAGUCCCAACCUGAGUCUACACGAUCACCACGAUCACCACGAUCACCACGACCACGACCACGAUCACCACCACCACUAGCGGCCAACCACAGAUCCCUGGGGAACGCCGAUACCAAAAUCGUGACUGAUAUUAUCGCGGGAGAUCGUUUUAUUCAUUUCAAUAUUACAUUCCUUCGAUUGCUGUUUUUUAUCUUUAUAUAUUUGUAUUUCUCGUGAUAAGUUUUACUUUUUAGAAUAAGCGCUCAAAGAUAAUUGUAUAUACAAUAGUUUUACUUGUAAAGUUGUUGGAAUCACACUAUUUCUUUUUAAAGUCAAGAUUCACUAUUUUUCAAAGACAUCUUGCUAUCCUAUUGUGUUGUACUAGAUUUUUUCUACAUAGUAAAAUUAUUAUUAUUAUUUUCAACUUUAUUUUAUUUUUUUAUAUUGUUUUGAAUUUUUGUAAUUUCUUAAUAGCUACUGUAAAACAAUCUGAUGGUAAUUUAUUUUUAAUAUGCUUUUGCUACGAAAAGAGGUAGAAAAUUGAAAACCCAAGAAAAUUACUGUAUUUCAAAAGUUUAAUUAUUUAUGUUGGAUUUUGGUAUUUCAGAUGGCUAGUGUAAAACCACACAGCAUUUAAAAGACGCAAUCCAUUCUACUAACAAUGUGCUACAAAAACUGCCAAAAAUUACUAAGACAGUUGACCUAUUUUUUUAUAUUUGAUACCAUGAAACGAUAAAGUACCUAAACUACUCUUUUUGUGCAGAACAAAUUUAUAUUUUGAAAUGUUCAAGAAAAACUAUUUUUCCGGUCCCAAGCCUACAUUACCAAGAUUUAUUUCUCUCGAUCUCAAUAUCACACAAUUACAAUUUCAGAAUAAGAUAGACGUAGCAAGUGUUAAAAAAUUAUUUUCUACCUAGUAGCUAUUUCGCUUUCUACUAUUUUUUGGGGGAAUUUGUUAAUAUCCAUAAAAUAAAAAAAGGGGUUUCUACUUAUCAAUUCACAACCGUUGCUGUGUAUUUGCCUUAGCAUGUUAUUUUUGUGUCGUUGUUGUUAUAUUUAUAAAGUAUGUUUAACUGUUAUGAUGUAUUUUCUUACUAUAAUGUUGCUGCUACUGUAUUAUGUCUUACUGACUGAACUCGCUGAGGAUUCCACUUGGUUUAAACAAUCAGCUGUUGCGACUGCUAACUUGAGAAGCAAUUUGGCAACGCUGCUUUUGUUGCCAGCUGGUGUCUUCAUGAUGGUAACUUCAGUAAUAUAAUUACUAUUGUAAUAUUUUUAAAUAUUUAAAGUGUUUAAUAUAGUAUUACCAGAAGAUUAGAUAAAUUAUAAAUUAGUUAAUAAAUUUGAUCCCUAAAGUUAAAUCCGUAAUUUUAUGUAUUGUUUGAUUUUAUUAAUGGUUAAAUUAACUUUUUCUAAUCGUGAUGUUUCAUAAUUUUAGAAUAUUUCACACAAACCAAAAUGUUGAUACCACCUACAUAAAUAUACGUAGUUUUAUUGUACACUUUAAUAACUGUAGCAUUUAAAUUAAUUUCUUAUAGUACUGAACUAAAAUUUUUGUGUAACAGUUUUUCUUAAAGUACAAAACUGUACAAUAAUCGUCCUCAUAAAUAUACAGAUUGAAUAAUUACGUAUUUUAUAGAGGAAUAACUUAUAUUGUUUAUUGAUCUUCAUAACUUUGAAUUGCCCUUUCGUAAAUUACGUGUUCUUAAUAAAAAAAUAUUAACACCUAAAAAGAUUAUUAAAUGUAAUGUGAAUAUUGUCAAUAAAUUAAACCCUAAAUGGUUUAUGACUAAGUUAGCUAGUGUUACCUAAUAAAUAUUACAUUCGGUAGUGUAGGAAUUAUUCAUAAAACCUGUUACUUAAAAACCGAAGUUGUAAAAAGCAGAAAGCUACCUUAUCCAAUUGUGAUAUUAUUGUGAUAUGUGUCUCGUACAGGCUUUAUUACUGUAUCUAGAAUUAUGAAAUAAUUGUUAAAUAUUUGAAUUUUAUUGUAUCUGAGGGUGGCGAUUCGAUGAAACACUUGUAUUUUUAAAUAUACGCUAAUUUCAAUUAU